AUGGACAGCUCGGAUGGUGACGCCGAGCCCCUGGUUGCCUCUGGUCUGCCUAACCUCUCGAAUAGCGAAAAGCAGAUGAAGUAUGGUCCACUUCUCAUUCUGACCGUAGCCCCCCUCGUGGCGGGGAUGGUCGCCGCUUAUGCUGUGUACACGUAUGGGAACAAGCCCGAGUACGAUCACCGCAUACGAAGUGCACAACGGAAUGCCGAGUUCGGGUGGACUUGCCUCGCAGUUGUGAUGAUUGGCCGUCUCAUUGCAUUUGCCAACUGCUAUCCCUUGGCACUCGAGAGCUGUUUCCUCACUAAGGACGACCGCCAGCUGUGGACAAAUCCAUUCAUGCUGGUUGAAAUUGGAAGUAACGCCACCAACAACGUGAUUGUGAUGGACCUAGAUGGACCCGUUGGCAUGUAUAACCGAGCGAACCGAGCGCUCCAAGACAUGGUGGAAACAUGCGGAGUGGUGCUAGCGGCCCUGUACCUGGCGUCGACGGUAUUUGCGCUCCCUGCCGCUGUCGUAGCUCUGGCGUUCUGCGUGGGGUGGUUUCUGCAUGUGGUGUUAUAUGCGGCCAAUCACGACAGUCCUGAGGUUGGCAAUGUAUUAGCUACGUUUGCAGCAGCAAUGCUGGAAGGCAUGGUGGCAUUGAUGGCAUUGAUGGCAUUGAUUGCCCAGACGGAAAUGUAA